AUAUCAAUGGAGAAGAAAAACAACGUAGCAAAAUGGCAAAAAUAACCGAAACAGAGAAUCUGGAAACGGGAAUGGCAGCAGCAGCAACAGCGGCUCAACCAUGCCCUUGUUCUUCUUCACCAAACUACAAAAAACCAGCAUCCAUUUCCCAUUUUACCCUCCCUCCUCCUCCCAUUUACGCCGUCGUUUCAGCUCAUCCGCAGCCAGAGAUAGCAGCAGCAGGGAGAGAAGAAAGUGGGAUUCUAAUGCCGAGACAAUCCAUUCCAAAGGUUUCAGCUUUAACACCCAACAAAACGACGACGUAGAAGAAGAUGAUUGUGAUGAUGAAAUGAUGAAUUCUGAGAUCAUUGAUAGCAUUUGGAUUUUCAAGGUUUUCAAAUCCUAUGGUUGGACACUACCUCCGAUUUUAAUUUCGUUGUUGUUUGCCACUGGCCCAAAAGCUUUCCUCAUGGCACCUGCACUUCCACUUGGGAAGUCGGCCAUAACUUUGGCCUUCAAAACGAUCUCGGGAAAGCCACGAAGCAAGCAGAAGCGUAAUGCCAGAGUGAGGAAACUGAAAAAAUACGCAUCGCGACGCACCGUGAGAAAUGUUAAAAGGGAGAGAGAAGAACAUGAAGGCUCGAAGAAUAGAAAGGGAAUGAAGGAGGGUUAUCAAUCAUGGACUGUCGAUGACAAUUCUCUCAACGAGAGUGACCAAGGCACGAGUAACUCUGGUGGAUGGGACGAGCUCGAUGGCAUGGGAUCGAUGAGAACACCGUCAGCAGUUGAAAAUGGACGACAACAGGCCGCAAAGGUGAAGGACAAGUCUAGUAUGGAACAAAGCAAAAGCAAUGAACCUUUGCUGUUGAGAUUGUUGAUUGCUGUGUUCCCAUUUUUAAGUUCGUGGACCAAGUUGUUUUGGUGACUACGUUUACUGCAAGCCUAGUGGUG